CGGCGCAGGCGCGCCGCGGCCCUUUCCCGCGGCGGUGGCGGUCGGGGCGGGCGCAGCGUGUGGGCCGCGCGCCGCCGCCAUGGGCUUCGGGGACCUGAAGUCCGCCGCGGGCCUCCGCGUUCUCAAUGACUUCCUGGCCGAUAAGAGCUACAUCGAGGGGUACGUCCCUUCGCAGGCUGACAUAGCAGUCUUCGAAGCGAUCGCUGCCCCGCCGCCUGCAGAUUUGUUCCACGCUCUCCGGUGGUACAAUCACAUUAAGUCGUAUGAAAAGCAAAAGGCAAGCUUGCCAGGAGUGAAGAAGGCUUUGGGAAAAUAUGGUCCUGCUGAUGUUGAGGACACAACAGGUGCGGCCGCAGAUAGCAAAGAUGAUGAUGACAUCGACCUUUUUGGAUCUGAUGAUGAGGAGGAAAGUGAAGAAGCAAAGAAACUGAGGGAAGAACGUCUGGCCCAGUAUGAGUCAAAGAAGUCCAAAAAACCAGCUGUUGUUGCCAAGUCAUCAAUCUUGCUUGAUGUGAAGCCGUGGGAUGAUGAGACAGACAUGGCCAAACUAGAGGAGUGUGUUCGAAGCAUUCAAGCAGAUGGCUUGGUCUGGGGAUCUUCCAAGCUAGUACCUGUUGGCUAUGGUAUCAAAAAGCUUCAGAUCCAGUGUGUUGUUGAAGAUGAUAAAGUUGGAACAGAUAUGCUGGAAGAGAGAAUAACAGCUUUUGAAGAUUAUGUACAAUCAAUGGAUGUAGCUGCUUUCAAUAAGAUUUAAGUCUUGUUAUAUCUAGAAUAAAUGUUGUUGCAAAAAAUGUGCAGUGUCUGUGCUUGUUUCAGAAUCUUUGAGUAAUCCAGCUCCAGAGUGUAAGGUUUGUUAACGGAUAAAGUAGAAGCUGGCACUGAAUUUCAAGGUUGCUCUGACACCUCACUGUGGUACCCAGGAGCAUGAGCAGUGUUACUUCAGAGUUAACAUUACCAUGGCUUAAAAAUACUGAAAUGUUCUUUCCUCCGUCUGCAGAGGAAAGGGAUGGUUUUAAGGGAACAGAGGAGAGGUCAGUCAAAGUGCAAGCAAUGUUUUAGUGGGUAAACAGGAGUAUAAUUUAUUAAGUAACAGUGGUGACCAAAUGAACCAUGGCUGUGUUGAAUGCUGAAACUCCAUUGAGAGAGGAAGCUAAGUUCAAAGUGACUUGCAGUUCUUUAGAAAUAAGGCCUGAGACUACCCUGGUAGCUUCUCACCUGUUCUAUGACUUGGACUGGUUUUCGUUGUUUCCUCUGAGCCUUCGGAACACCUGCAAUGCAAUCACGCCGAGUUUAGUGUCACAAUUACCGCACAAAUGAUGCUGCUGAGGAGCCGCUUGGUGCGGGCUCGGGCGGUGCCUCCGGGGGGCGCUGCGAGCCCGGCGGUGCCGGGUGCGGCCCCUGCCCGAGGAGCCGGGCGGGAAUCGGGAGUUACUGCGGGGUCUGCCCGGCUUACACCGGAGACUGCACACGUGCCCGUGGCUGAAACAAGAACAAAACAGCUGGAAAUGCAAACACAUCAAGGGCAUCAAAAGUGGAGUCAUUAACAGCAGUUUGAGCUGUUUGCUCAGCUCCAGAUUGGUUUCUAGAUUGAUUUUGACAUUUCUUUUAGCGAUUGAAGAACCUGUCAGGAAUAAAUCCCAAAACACUCUCUAUGGGAAUGAUACAAAUGUAGAAGCUGUCAAAGCUGUGAAGCUUCUAAACAAAUUCGUAAUUCUAGGCCUUGCAUUGGCCUGACAGGAUUUCUUGUGACCAUGAAAUGGAAUCCUUUUACAUGCUGCAUUGGUCGCUGAGAAGAUGCCCAGUGUCAAAGUCUGACAGCAGCAGCUUAAGUAACUCUGUUGUUUUUUUCCCAGAGCAUCUGUGUGGUUAUCUGGCACAGCAGGUCCUCUCUCCUUGUUUAAAGGUCUGCCAACUUCAGAUUAUGUAAGAGAUUUGUUUAUAAUUUGUCUCAGAAAAAAAAUCUGCCUGCUAGAGGCUUAAAGCACAAUUAAAGAUCUGAAAGUGAGUAUUGUUACAGGCUCACUUGCCGCCUUCCAUAAACCUAACUCUUAAACAGUACCCUUUUUGUGGCAAUUCUCUAGCUGUUGCUUCUGCUAAAUCAUGUAGCUUAGUUUUACCAAUUCUGUCAUGGUGUUGUUAAAAGCAAGAAACUAGCAAACACCAUAUCAGAAAAACAAGUGAUUAAAAAUUCUGCCUCAAAAAUACAGAUUUUAUUAGCUUGGUCAUCACUCUUUCUGACUUCCCAUUCAAUGUGCUGCUUACCUUGAUCCUCUUUUCUUGGCUUUCAAAUUAAAGCCUGAAGUGGAUAAAAUGGUUUGAUUUAUACAUGCCAACUUUAUUAAAAUACAGCACUGAGUCAUCCAUGUAACCUGCCAGACUGGAUUUGUGUGUGUUGCAUUUACACUAAGCAUGCACAUACAAACUCCUUGGUUCUUGAGAUUUCUUGUGUGUGUUGGGUUUUGGCAGUCUGUUUUGGGGUUUUUUUUCUAAUAGUAAAUAAAAAACUUGCACAGAAACAAAAAAACCCCCACCCUAGAGAGCACAGUGUUCCCAGUGAAAAAAAUAGAUAUGUGAGCACAAGUAUUCCACUGAAUCCACGUAUAUUUGUGUUAGGUAUUUUUGGGUAGUGUUUGGGUAUGUGCUGGUAUGUUACUGUGUCAUUGUGCCUGUGAAAAAUUGGCACCCUGGAAUAAAUUAGCUAAGUAUCCCAUAACAGAAAGAUCAGUAGAAAAUCCUGUAACUUCAAUAUUUUCUAUACGGGAAUACUGGGAAAACAUUUUUAACAAAAACCAAUCUACGUAAAAACCUUCAGAAACACAAACUGUCCAGGAAGAAGAUAAAAGGUAACUAGAACCUGUCCAUGAUGAAAUGCAUCAAUAGCUAUUUCUAUAGUAUCUCUUUGCAUGGUGACAUAGAUUCCUUUCCUUUUUCUGGCCCCCUUUUCCCAUUGUGGUGAGUCGAAUGAGCGUCCCUCAGUCCCAGCAGCAUAGAACUGUUGGUAUUGUUUUGGAGACUCUUUGGAAACAGAAACUUAGAGCGUUAUCUGUUUUGUUUAGAUAUCUUGCAUUAGUCUUAAAGAAAUGAUUUCGAUAAUUCUGUAACUGAUCUUGGAGUGAACAGUAGCAGUUACAUUGCACAACUGUUACUCCAUUUAAUGCCAUAGAUCAAGGCUGAUUUCGGCCUUAUUCAAUUCAGUUCUCUCUCCCGUCUCCUUCAGGCCACACUUUCUGACCCUUUAUGCAAGAUGAGACAUACAUGCUCUCACAUUUGAAAAUCAGUCUCUGUGCUGUACAUAGUGUGCACACAUGAAAAAGCUGAAAAGAGCUGCUGUGAACCCUAAAUCCCAUAAUAGAAAGGGCCAGGGCUUGAUUUCACCUUCCAAAAUCUUUGGGAAGGAGCUGUUACAAGAAAAGCCAGUCACUAUACAUUGAUGCUAAGGAAAGCAAAUGAACAUGCUCUUUGGAAACAUCAAAACUUUAUUACUUCACUUGGACUAUAGCCAGGAAAGAACAUCAUUCUUAGAAAGAUGUCAGGGAACAUGUGAAGAAAAACUGCAAAAUGUUUGAUUUAGACACAUACAGCAGAAUGGUGCCAAAAUAUUAUGAUGAGCAACUAUGUACCAGGCAGCAAAUGACUCAAAGGAAGAAUGCUGCUUACCAGCUUUCCAGCCCAAAGGAAAAUACACUGAAAUUCCACUGAUCCUGCCUAACUCCCUCAGACUCUGAAACCAGAGCCCAAAGAAAUAGUUACAGAACACAGUCAGGCUGCUUCUACAUGAGCAGCUACCAGUAUUGGAUGUGUUCAUGCAUACAUAUAUAUUUUAUACAAAAGCAAAUCUAUUUUUAUGUAAGGCCUCAAUUACAGCAUAAAUGCUACUAAUGUGUUGGCAGACCGUAUAAACUAGGUAAAUUAUCUGAAAGUCAGUUUCAUUCUAUAUGCCUAGGCCAAUAACUAGGAAAAAAGUUCAAAUUUACCCAAAGCUCUAUGCUUUUACUUUCAGUGGAGUUUUGUCCCACAGUCAACUUUUUAAUUAAGUGGUAUAGCAUCAGAAAUUGGUUUACUCCACACAGCGCAUAUGUGUGUGUAUAUAUAUAUAUAUAUUUAUAUAUAUAUAUAUUUGCACUGGUGCAUGUGUGAUUCUGCAGCGAGCAACAAGUUGGAACAGAAUACAGCAUAACUGGGACUACUUCAUCUUUCUUAUGGGAGUGGACUCCAUUUCCUGGAUGAACUGUCUUGCCUCUUAUUUGGAAAAGAAGUCUCAAUUUGGCUAGAGACUAGUAACAGAAUACUGAUGAAUUCACUCCACCCAUUUUUUAAAGCUUGAUGUUAAGGCAAACAAAAUGUUAUAUUAUUUCUUUACCCUUGCUUGAAAGAGUAAUAAAGAGCGAUCAAUAGUUGUAAACCUCUGUAGGACUAAAAUUUUAAACAUAGAAAAAAAAAGUGUAGCACAGAAGCUGUAAAAUAUUUUCAUUAAUUCUUUGCACAUUUGGAUUGAGCCUAAUGAAACAUCUGCUCAGUAUUUUGCACUCAGCUAAAAAUACAGUCAGUGAC